CUGUAGAUUUUGGAGCUUUCUUUUGUUUGUGAAGUUGUGCGUUUACUUGUAAACAAAUUGUUUGUCUCUGGAGAAUUUGAUUUCUUUGGUGAAAUUUGUCAGUUUCAGAAAGCUUAACCAGACAAUAACCGUCUUCCAUAAACGCGACAACCGACUAAAGGAUGGAAUUUGAGUUUAGUGGUGGAUAAGGAUCUCAUAGGAAUGUCUGACCUUAUGUAUGAGCUUGAAGAUAAUGUUUGGGAUGAAUUCAGUGCUAGUACUACCGAUGAUCAUAUAGUUCCUCAUCCUGUUGAUGAAUAUGGGGCUCAAUUCAAAGUUCAAAGGGAUGGUCAAACGAAACCACAACAUGAAGUGACUGGAGUUGCUAGAAAUGCAGAUAAUUCGAUUAAAUAUGGUAUUUUCGGGGAGAAGGGAAAAAGCUUUCAUAUUCUGACCAAGAACAGAAUGUUAGAAAAGGAUUCAUGGUCUGACAGACCUGAUGGAAUAUUUCCCACUUCAGGUGACAAUGACUCACUCAAAGAAGUAACAGGCAUGGUUUCUGAUGAUCCAAUGAUGUCUAGCCAUGGUCUCAAAACUGGCGAUAUAGAUUCAGUUAGCAAUGAUUUCUGUGCAGAUGAUCCUGUCUUGGUUGACAACUGUGCUACAGUGUACAAUAACAUCUACCUUUUUCCACUAAAUCAUAUAUCUGAAGCCAAUGAUGAUAUCAGAUUUUUUAAUAAUAACCAUGAAGACAAAGAAAACGGUGAUCUUCUAUGUUAUGGUUGGGGGGACAUUGGGAAUUUUGAGGAUGUUGACAGGAUGUUCAGAAAUUGUGAUUCAACGUUUGGAUUGGGGAGUUGCAGUAAUGAAGAUGAUUUGUGCUGGGUUUCAUCUUCACAAGCAACUGAAGGAUCUCAAGAUGUGUUCAAGGCUGAUGCUAAAUUAAAUAGUUUACCAGAGAAUUGUGCAACUUCUAGUCCAGAUGCAGGUACUUCAACUAUUGAUUCCGACAAGAAAAGUGUUCUCCUUGAUGACAAAAUAAGUUCCCUUGGUAUGAGCAGUAGAAAUCCUGGCCUUGCUCACAUGUCAUCUUUGAAUGCAUCCAAUAACAAAUCUGGAAGUAAGGAUGGCUUGACACCUAAGGAGCAGAUUAGUCCACAAAAUAAUCAGUCAAAGCAGCUGAGUGCAUCGGGAGAAAGAAUAGAUCAUCGUCUUAAAAAUGGAGACUAUUGUCACCAAUAUGGUAACAUCAAGCAGUUUGCAGACGUGAAGCAUCUCUCUAGUGAUGCAUCCUGUCAGCUCUUUUCCUCACUGGAUCUUCAGCAGCUGAAGCAAAACAUCGGACCUGAUUCUGUAAGUUAUGUACAGGCAAAUGUUCCUUUUAUGCAUCUCAACUACAGCAGUCCUUCGAACCAAAUUUCAAGAUGUCCAACUCUAGCUAGUAACAAAUCUGAAAGAGACGGACAUCCUACUUUGACAAAUGGUUCAUCUUAUGCAUCAAAUCAGGUACAGUCCAUAGAUCGUGGUCAUUCAUUUGAGGUUCCUGACAAUGUAACGAAUGAGAAGAGAGGAAAGCUGAACCACCAACAGGUUACACAAGUCCCACUCAAUAGUGUUGUCGACCAAGCAAGAAUGGAAAGACAGGUUGCAUUUAAUGAUCCAUUCACUUCUCAAAAGCAGAUCUGUCAGUCGGAACGGGAUGAAGGUCAUAGUGAAGGUGAAGGAUUUAGUGUAGGAAAGCAAGCAGAACUAGGUUCUUCAAACGGGCAGGAAAGCUCUAGUGUAAGUUCGACAUUGGCUGAAGUCUCACUAGAAGCAUCUAGUUUUCGACAGCUUCAACAAGUCAUGGAAAAGUUGGAUAUCAGGACAAAACUGUGCAUACGGGAUAGUCUGUAUCGUCUGGCUAGGAGUUCUGAACAGAGGCAUAACUGUGCAAAUACAAGGGAAAGUAGAGAUGAUAAAGAUGCAAGUGGACCUUUUGAGGCCGAAGAAACAAGCAAGUGCACUAGAUUUAUGGAUAUAGAAACUGACACAAACCCUAUAGAUAGAUCCAUAGCACACUUGCUAUUUCACCGGCCUUCGGAUCCAUCUCUAAGGCCUGCUACCAAAACAACAUCUUUAAAGUCUCAUGGGACGAUUCGUGGCUCGACCACUACUGCACCCGUGAUUGCUGGAAAACACGUUGGCCAUGACGGAACUGAUGCUGGUUCAGAUGAAAAACCCGCUGAGCUGACUACAGGUAACAUUGGAACUUGAUGAGAACACUUGUAAAAUAUAAUCUUAUUUUAUGAUCAUGUAAAAUGCAUUUUGGAGUGCGGCCUCAAAACAUAAAGAUGAUGCGAGGUAAUUUGACCCUAAGAUUCAAUUUAAUAAAGAGUUUUCUUUCC